UCUUGCCAGCCAUUAUGGACGACUUUCAUACUAGCCGAGAAUUCACCGCCUGGAUUGGCUCAAUAGCCUUUGGAAUGAGCUUUUGCCUGUCUCCUGUGGCUGGUCGAUUGUGUGACCGCUUAGGCUCGCGUUACGUGGCGAUAAUCGGCACUGUAUUCUGUUCCCUGGGGCUCAUCCUAACUUCCUUGGCAAGAAGAGUUGAACUGUUCUUUCUCACUCAUAGCGUGAUGUUCGGGCUCGGGGCUUGCUGCUGCCGGACAGUGAACUUCCUAAUAACAGCCAAGUAUUUUGUCAAGCGAAGGUCGUUUGCGACCGGGCUGGUCACAGCGGGGACUGGUUUGGGGAUUUUCGCUUUAGUGCCGAUUGCUCAAAUUCUGAUCGAUAACCUUGGCCUCAGCGGAGCAUACAGGGUUCUUGGUGGUGUAGUUUUGGCGAACUGUCUCCUUGCGUUGAGUUUUGAUCCUAAUGUAGAGGAAGAAGUAGCAUCAGUGGUGCAAGAAAACACAAAGAAAGGUACCGAGGAACCGCAGAGAAACCAGCAAAAACUUAUCGAUUUCUCAGUCUGGAAAGUACCUACUUUUGCCAUUGUAACUUUGAGUUUUACAGGAAUAUCCAUUGUACUAAAUACACCCCAGUUUCACUUGGUUCGGUACUGCAAAGACUUGGGUAUCCCUGAAGAUAAGUCCUCCAAGCUGCUGAUGAUCUAUGGCCUUAGCUCUUGCGUUAUGCGGAUAGCCUCCGGUAGAUUGUGUGACAUCAAAUGGAUAAACCCGAUUUAUGUUUACCAAAUUGGACUAUUUACCAUUGCUGUGGCGGUGAUAUCAUUCGGUGUAGUCUCUGCCUAUCUCCCUCUCUGUGUUGUUAGCGUAUUCUAUGGGAUCGGAGAUGGAAUAUGUCUUUCAUUAACCAAUCUUCUGCUGCUGACCGCAGUGGAGCCUGAAAGACGAGCUUCCGCAUUUGGAUUGGGUAACAUGUUCAUCUCGAUUUCCACGACAGUUGGUGCGCCACUAGCUGGCUUCAUCGCGGACAAAGCGGGCUCUUAUGAGUUGGCAUUCUACAUUGCUGGUUCCAUGGGUAUGAUAUUUUUUUGUAUUCCAUUUAUCUUGCUGUGCCUAAGAGGGAACGCGAAUCAGCGGGAAGAAAUAAGGGCGACAAAAGAGAGUGACGAAGUUUAACGCUACUGACAGCCUCAGUGAUAACUUUGAAAGCUGUUAACCCAUUGCAACUUAGUGCUGCGGGGAGGAACUGCCUCUGAAUUGAUGAAAGACCUGGUAGACGAAACAAACCAAUUAAGGUGCUAAAAUUUUCGGAUGGAACUCAAUUCUGGACAAUUUUGCACAAGUAAAGGCCUUCUGAAAGUUGAUGCAAAAACAGUUGCUGAUACUUUUGCCUAAUCGUCAUCUUCGAUGGGGAACAACCUUUGUGUUACAAGAGAAACGCACAUUGUGAAGUUAAAGCAAAAAAGCUAAAAGUUAUAAAUAACUGAUUAAUUGUGGGAAAUUGUAGCAAAUGCUGUUGGAAAGUACUCAAUACACAUGAGUGUAGAGCGGAAGACAGUUCAAAAUGACUAAAAUGAAACACGCAUGAUUCCCUGUUCCCCUACAGGGAAUCAUGCGUGUUUCAUUUUAGUCAUUUUGAACUAAAUAACUGACUAUUAUCAGAUGAAAAAGCGAAAAUUCUUUAAUUUUGGAAAAUAGUAAAGAUUUAAUAUGCGGUUCAGUAAAAACUCUAAUGUACAUAGUUACAAGCAUGUCAAUCUUGCUGGCUUUGCAUUUGAUUACGUCGAGUAGACCCGAACAUUUAACCUCUAAGGGUGUAUUGUGUUUUUCUGCGAAUCGACCUCCGGUUAGACGAGUCGACUUAACUAAAGACGCAUCGAAUCGACCCGUGCAAAUCGUUUCGAUUCGUUCACAUCUACUACCCCCAAUUAACGCAAAUUGCGUUUUGUUCUCUUCUGCGGAUCGACUUCCGGUGAGACGGAUCGACUUUAAGAACUCGUACAGUUUUUGCAGUUUUUGAAAUGUGACCUUAUCUUCAAAUGAUUAUUUUCAGGUCAUAAUACUUAUACUGAUAUAUUACAUAGUACAGUAAAAUACGUACGUAGCUGACUGAGCUUGCAUUGGCAAGGGAGGAUAAAUCUCAAGGUUUUGGGUAUCUAUGAUCUUCAUACGAAACUUUACGGACUUGCGCUAUCGCGAAACAACUUAAGAAAGUUAGAGACACAAUCCUUCGUUAGAUUUCAACGCUACCUUUUUCGCUUUCAGAAACUGAUACCCAGCCUAAAAGUCACCAAAUUGGACUGAUAUCAAGAAAUAUGUAUUCCAGACUCGAGUUAUUUCCUUCGAUUGAUUCAAUGUAGGUUAUUUGUUUGUUCACACCGAUGUGCAGUAAUUUAGCGAGCUGCAUGCUGAUUUACUGAUCAGCAGGACUUGUGGGCGAUUUUUGAAAGGACGUUUAUGACAGAAAAGCCUGACUCUUCGUAAAACUGAAAUACUUUGCGGAGGACAAUUAAAAAUCGACCAACUUGCGUAAA